AUGCAAACUUCUAUUGAUUUGCCUUCUCCUUUGGGGAUUGUCCAGACUUCUUCUAUAACAAGCACUGGGAAAAUAUUGGGUCCAGAUUAUGAAAACAAUUUAAAGAGAGCAGCAAAAAGGAGUGAAGAAGAUAAGCUAUUUCGGAAGUAAAAUUAAAUGAAUGAUGCUGAUGAAUUUGAAGCAAUGGAAGUUUAAAAUGGUGAUUAGACAUCCCUAAUAUAUUAUUACAAGGCUUUGAAAUUGGAUAAAGAAAUAUAACAAAACGAAAAUGAGAUCAUCAAUAUUGUGCAGAAUAGGCCAAAAUUAGGGAUGAUAGAGGGGAGUUUAAUGAAGAAAAGUCCACAUUGGUUUUAGGGCUAUUCAUAGAGAAACUGUAUAUUAAGAAAUAGAGUAUUUAGAUAUUAUAAUGUUGAAAAUAAGAAACUCUAAGGAGUUUUAAAUUUUGAUGUUUAGUCAUUUCAAUUAUAAGAAAUAUAGGAUAAAAAUGGAAAUACAUUGGAAUUUAUUUUAAAACCAGUGGGUUAAACUUAAAAGGUAUUCUAGUUCAAGGGGGGAACUAUAGAACAAACGAAAACGUGGGUUUAAUUAAUAAAAUAACAUCUGUAAGAUUCUAUAGGUGCAUUGAAGGUGUUGAUGUCACUUAGUUAAUAUGAACGUUUUUGGAGAUUUGAACGCAUUUCAUCAUUGUAGAUAAUGGAAGAUGCUGAUGAUGGAGACAUUUUGUUGUUUUAAGGGAAAGACAUCAAUUGCCACAUUCAAAGAUCAUUGACAUAGUCUAAUUUUGAUCACAUUGGAAUUUUGAUUCGUUUGAGUGAAAACUAAUUGUAUUUGUUCGAAGCUUUGCCCUUACAUGGAGUGGGUCUAUGCCGUUGGAGUAAGUUUGUUAUGUGUAAGUGGAAUUACCUAUAUCAUAAAAUUAUAUAUAGAAAAUUAUAAAUCAAUAGAGAUGAGAACUUUAGGUCUAGAAUACAUGAAUUUGUCACUGAGAACAUUGGUAAAUAAUAUUCGUUUAAUCCAACCAAACUAUUUAAAUUCAAGUCUACGAUGCUUUAAGAUCCAUAGCAAUAAUAAACAAGAACGUUUUUCUCUUCUGAACUCGUAGCUGCUUGCUAUAAGUUUGUAAAUCUUUUGUCAAAAGAGGUUUCCUCAACUUAAUAUUGGCCAGGUUCCUUUUCUUAAGAAAAUCAGAAGUUAUCUCUUCAGUAUGGGAGUUUAAGCGAAGAAUAUAUAAUAGAUUUUGAGGGUGAAUGA